CUGGCUGCCGGCUGCUGCCACCGCAAUCCCGGCUCCUAAAUCAGCGCGGGGAGGCGCCCCUUCCCCCACCCGGCUCCUCGGGCUCCCCGGGCCGCGAUUGGCCGCGCGUGCGCCCCCCAAGCUUGGGCCCCGGCUCCAGCUGCCGCGCCAUUGGCUGCGGUCCUCCGCCAGCCUUUACAUAAGCCCGGGCGCGCUCGAGUGGAGUUGUAUAAAGCGAGCGCGCGGCGUCGGGGCGGGAGGCUCGAGGCCAGUCCGGGACCAGGGCUGGGCGCUGCAAGGCGGCGGCGCCGGCGGCAGAGGCGGCAGCGAGUGCCCGCGCUCCGACGCCCCCAGGCGGUGGGGCUGAGAGAGCCAGAGGAUGGCUCCGAGCGCUGACCCGGGCAUGGUCAGGAUGGCUUUGCUCCUGCUGCCGCCCCUGUGGCUUCUGCCUCUCACUGGGGGAUCCCAGAGGGCUGAGCCCAUGUUCACUGCAGUCACCAACUCAGUUCUGCCCCCUGACUAUGACAGCAACCCCACCCAGCUCAACUAUGGAGUGGCAGUGACGGAUGUGGACCACGAUGGGGACUUCGAGAUCGUUGUGGCGGGAUACAACGGCCCCAACCUGGUUCUGAAGUACAAUCGAGCCCAGAAUCGGCUAGUGAACAUUGCAGUGGACGAGCGCAGCUCACCCUACUACGCUCUGAGGGACCGGCAGGGGAACGCCAUUGGUGUCACAGCCUGUGACAUCGAUGGGGAUGGUCGUGAGGAGAUCUACUUUCUCAACACCAAUAACGCCUUCUCAGGUGUGGCCACAUACACAGACAAGUUGUUCAAAUUCCGAAAUAACCGGUGGGAAGACAUCCUGAGCGAUGACGUCAAUGUGGCCCGUGGAGUAGCCAGCCUCUUUGCGGGACGCUCAGUGGCCUGUGUGGACAGGACGGGCUCCGGACGAUACUCUAUCUACAUAGCGAACUAUGCCUAUGGUGAUGUGGGGCCUGAUGCCCUCAUCGAAAUGGACCCUGAGGCUAGUGACCUGUCCAGGGGGAUCCUGGCACUCAGGGACGUGGCUGCUGAGGCUGGGGUCAGCAAGUACACAGCGGGCCGGGGCGUCAGCGUGGGCCCCAUUCUCAGCAACAGUGCCUCAGAUAUCUUCUGUGACAAUGAGAAUGGGCCCAACUUCCUCUUCCACAACCAAGGCAAUGGCACCUUCGUGGAUGCUGCAGCUAGUGUCGGUGUAGACGACCCUCAUCAGCAUGGCCGAGGUGUGGCCCUGGCAGAUUUCAACCGUGACGGGAAAGUAGACAUCGUCUACGGCAACUGGAAUGGCCCACACCGCCUCUAUCUGCAGAUGAGUGCUCACGGGAAGGUCCGAUUUAGGGACAUCGCUUCACCCAAGUUCUCCACGCCCUCCCCUGUCCGGACUGUCAUUGCUGCGGACUUCGACAAUGACCAGGAACUGGAAGUCUUCUUCAACAACAUCGCCUACCGCAGCUCCUCGGCCAAUCGCCUCUUCCGUGUUAUCCGCAGGGAGCACGGGGACCCUCUCAUCGAGGAGCUCAAUCCUGGUGAUGCCUUGGAGCCUGAGGGCCGAGGUACAGGGGGCGUAGUGACGGACUUCGACGGCGAUGGGAUGCUGGACCUCAUCUUGUCACAUGGAGAGUCCAUGGCUCAGCCACUGUCUGUCUUCCGUGGAAAUCAGGGCUUCAGCAACAACUGGUUGCGUGUGGUGCCUCGCACCCGGUUCGGGGCCUUUGCCAGGGGCGCCAAGGUUGUACUCUACACCAAGAAGAGCGGGGCGCACCUACGGAUCAUUGAUGGGGGCUCCGGCUACCUGUGUGAGAUGGAGCCAGUGGCACAUUUUGGCCUGGGAAGGGAUGAAGCCAGCAGCGUGGAGGUGACGUGGCCAGACGGCAGGAUGGCGAGCCGAAGUGUGGCCAGCAGGGAGAUGAACUCCGUGUUGGAAAUCCUCUACCCCCGGGAUGAAGACAAACUUCAAAACACAGCCCCACUAGAGUGCGGCCAAGGAUUCUCCCAGCAGGACAAUGGCCAUUGCAUGGACACCAAUGAAUGCAUCCAGUUCCCGUUCGUAUGCCCUCGAGACAAACCCGUGUGUGUCAACACCUAUGGAAGCUACAGGUGCCGGACCAAUAAAAGAUGCAAUCGGGGCUAUGAGCCCAACGAAGACGGCACAGCCUGUGUGGGAGGUACAUGAAAACAAGUCAUGACGGAAGGGAAGUGCCAUCCUCAGGCACCAGCCAUGUGGUCCGGUGAAGGAAACACUUGGAGGACCAGGCACGGCACGUGGAGUGAGAAGGGGCAGACAUGGAGGUAGUGCUCUGUGCAGUAUCCUUCCAGGAAUUAACAUCGCCAUUCUGGACCGCCAUUGCCUUUCCAUAAAUGACAAGAGAGUUGGGUCAGUACAUCCAUACACCCCCUGUUCUCCCCAGUUUCCCCGCUGUGUGACUAGACAUAGAUAUAGCUAGUCUCCAGCAGUCCUGGUUUCUAGAAAGAACUUAACAACUCAGCCUUUGCAAUAUGCUUAGAACCUGGAAGUGCCUGGAGCCAGAGUGCUCUUUGGGGAUGAUGUAACACUACAGAAUAUGCUCAUGACCAGCUCUGGGAGGGAAGGCCCAUUAUAAAUCACAGAUAUAUUCUUCAUGGGGGGAAAAAGUUGCUUGAAGAUAUAAUAAAAUCAUGCUUAAGAAUGCA